AUGCAAAGAUUUACACUAGUAACUCAUAGAUCAUUCUCUAGCUCCUUUGUGAGAACCAAAUCUGCGUGCUCCUUGGUCAAACCGGUUCAUCAUUUGGUGAAGAUUGAUAAGUCAAAGUUAUCCCCUCGGUUUCCGGAACUGAAAUAUGACAAGAAUGAUAUCAGGUCACCUGGAUUCAAACCAAAAGACACUCAUGCAGAUAGGCUCAACGAUCAUUAUUUGAAUACUUUGCAAUCUGAUCUACUAUUGAUCAACUAUUCACAUAAUGCUACGGUGGUGAAAGGCCUCAAGCAGAGAGCGUGGAGUGGUGAUUCGCCAUAUCACUUAAACAGACCACCCAAAAAUCCUCAGGGUUCGAAAAUCCAGCUACCGGACAUUCACCCUAUCAAAUGGAACAAUGUUCCUGGAUUAGAAAGUGUUGUAAUAAACUGCUUCGUUAGAGAGGCAAAAGAAAAUCAAUUGUUUGCUAUCACCGCGGCUUUACAAUUACAACAAAUUACUGGAAGUAAACCUCAUCCAAUCUUCUCCAAAAACGAUGUUCCAACUUGGAAAUUGAGAAAGGGUCAUCAGAUGGGAGCCAAAGUCGAACUAAAGGGAAAAGAGAUGUCACAGUUUUUGAGCACAUUGACGGAGAUCGUCUUACCAAGAAUUAGGGAAUACAGAGGUAUAAACAACCAAUCCGGGAAUAGAUUUGGUGGGAUAAGUUUUGGCUUAACUGCUGAAGAUAUCAAAUUUUUUCCUGAAAUUGAUGCAAAUCAAGACUCAUGGCCCAAGACAUUUGGUAUGCACAUAAAUAUAAAUACUUCUGCUCAAUUAGACUUCCAAGCAAGAACUUUGUUAAGUGGAUUCCAGUUCCCAUUUUUCGGAGAAGAGAAAUGA